AUGUCGUUUUUCGAUUCCAUUCUGGAUACUCUUUACAGCGCAGUUGGAUGCUGCAUCCCUGACGCCAACAUCAGCAUCAAUGGCCGAGCAUAUCGCAUUGUCAAGUUACUCGGCGAGGGCGGCUUUUCGUUCGUGUAUCUAGCCGAGGAUGGCUCUGGCAACGUAUACGCAUUAAAAAAGAUCCGGUGCACUCUGGGAACGGAGGAAGCCAAGCUUGCACAACGAGAGGUCGAUGUAUACCGGUUAUUCGAACACGAUAACAUUAUCCGUAUGCUGGACACUGCGACUGUUACUGAAUCUGAUGGAAGUACGACAAUCUAUAUCUUUUUACCCUACUACAAGAAAGGAAACUUGCAAGAUGCGAUCAACCGGAAUCAGCUAUACAAGACCCAUUUUACAGAGACACAAAUGCUCUCCUUGAUGCGUGGUGUUUGCACAGCAGUGGAAUUCAUGCACACCUACAAGAUGCCUACUGGUGCUAGAACAAGAUACACAGCCAAAAAUCCUAUCUUGGAUGACGAUGAUACCGACGACCAUCAACAGAAUAGAGCCUUGUUGAGCUCACAGGGACAACAAGAAACCUCUUCUGGAAUCGAGACACAUGCACCAGGCAAGGAAGGAGACGUGGUACCAUGGGCACAUCGUGAUAUCAAACCUGGCAACAUUAUGCUUAUGGAUGAUGGAGAGACACCUGUGCUCAUGGAUUUUGGAUCAGCUUGCCCAGCCCGUGUCGAAAUUCAUAACAGGCAAGAGGCAUUGAAGCAACAAGAUAUCGCUGCCGAACACUCUACAAUGCCUUAUCGAGCUCCUGAACUUUUCGACGUGAAGACAGAGACGACAUUGGAUGAGAAGGUCGAUAUUUGGUCGCUUGGGUGUACUUUAUUUGCCAUGGCCUAUGGACAAUCACCGUUUGAAGUCAAUUUGAAUGAGAAUGGCGGAUCCGUAGCACUUGCUGUACUCAACGCCCAAUUCAAGUUCCCGAAUGACCCUGAGUAUUCCCAAGAAUUCAAGGAUUUAAUCUCUUGGAUGUUGACAGCCGAUCCCAGCACACGACCCGAUAUCCACGAGGUCUCAACCAAAAUCGAUUCGCUUCUUAGUCGACGUACAGCUCAAGGCGACGCAUCAUAG